GAUUCUCUCUCAUCGACAUCAUUGACAUAAAAAGACUUGCCAAAAUAUUUUUGUUUUUAUUAACACGCGUUCCUGUACAAUUAUGGACUUCGGGGAGCUGGAAAACGAUAAAUUUUUUGUCGAUAAAGUGGAAAAUCUAUCAAAUUCCAUUGAUAUUAUCACUGAUCACAUAAAGGCUGCCUGCGAUUUUCCAAACUAUGAGGAACUAGCCACCGAAGACAAAGUGAAAUUUGAUUUGUAUCUGUCAUACUCCAUAAACUCACUGUUUUGGAUGCUGUGCAAACUACAGGCAAUUGACACAAAUGAGCACGGAAUUAAAAAUGAGAUCUCACGGGUGCGAACGGCAAUGACCAGACACAAGCAAAUUAUCGAUCGGAAUACGAUAAGACCGGUUAUUGAUGUGGGAGCUGCUGGUCGAUUCAUUCGCCAUGGAUUAUGGGAUCCGAACAAGCCGAAGGAUAAGGAUCUGUUGGCACCAAAAGCGAAAAAGCGACGAGCCGAGGAUUGAGAAUUCUCUUUAUUUUAAUCGUUUGUUGUGUUAAGCCGGGGCGUCGUAAGUUUUGUAUAAAUCUAAUUUUUACUGCCAA